AUGUCCACAGCUAUCCCAGCCGCAGCAUUAUCUGUUGGAAAACAAGACCGACUUAUAAAUACUUCUCUUGGUGCUACCGACAUUGGUUCCGGCAAGUCCAAAACCUCCCUUGAAAACAUGCUCCUCGAAUCUCCUCAAUGGGAGAAUAAAGUAGAGUUCACUUUAAAAGAAUUGGUUUUACACAAUAUCAACCAACGUCAAAAUGACUUAAUUGAACACAGGAUAACUAAAGCUGAAAAUAAAUUUCUUUUCACCACCAUUUGCGCCACUUGCUCAAUUAUUUGUACCAUUCUCUCAGAAAGAUAUUUUGCUGGAAAGUCCUACGAUACUGAUAACAAGAUUGCUGAUGUUUCAGGAAAAAAGGAUACGGACAAAAAGAAAUAAUUCCUUUUUACAUUUAGGAUAAAGAAUGUUCAUCGUAAAGAUGAGUUUUUUUACUUUAAUGCCCUUAUAAUAAUAUUAUGAUUUCAUUCACAAUAGCUUAUAUCUUAA